AUGGCAAGGAGGCGCAACACCAGCGGCGGAUCGGAUGACGGCGGAGGUGGAGCCAGAAGGCGCAGGAACGUAGAAGCGCAGGCGCGGCGGAGCCUAAAGGACAUAGCCGGAGCCGGGCUGAUGCGAACCAUGCGCCAGAUGGGCCCGCCGGAAACAACAGCCGACUCCGAAGGCCACCGGAAGAGGAAGAGCCAAGCCGAAGCCGAGCCAAAGCCAAAAAGCCGAAGAACAGCGAGUCCCAUCAUUGGGUGCCGCAGAGCUCACCUCCUCGAUCUUUUUGCGCACGAAGCCAUGAAAUCGUUGCUCGCCCUGGUGCUCUUGGCUCAGCUCCUGAGCUGCACAGCCGACUCGGUUCCGGAAGUUCCUGCAGAAGUUGUUCCCCCCACCGUGCACAAAGUCCCCGGCUGUGAUGACCCUGAGACUGAAGCGGCAGCACGUGUAGCAGUGGCCUAUAUCAAUAAACACCUGAAGCACGGAUAUAAAGUUGACCUCAACAGGAUCGAAAAGGUCCGCUACUUUGAAAGGAGACCACAUGGAAAGAUAAUGGAUCUUGAGCUAGACGUAGUAGAGACUACAUGCCACCUUGUGGACCCAUUGCCUGCUGAAAAUUGUACAGUCAGGAAGCGGGAAGAACACGCCGUCGAAGGGGACUGUGAUGUUAAGAUGAUCGAGGUUGAUGGACACUAUAAGGUGUUGCGGACAAAAUGCCACUCCUCUCCAGAUUCAGAUGAGGAUUUCCAGAAAAGCUGCCCCAAUUGCAACCGUCUGUCACGGCUGAACGACACCGAUGUGGUGAACACAGUUCAUGCCGCACUGAAGGAGUAUAACGCUCAGAACACCACUCAUGACCACUACAAGCUCCUUGAGAUUUCUCGAGGUCAUCACUUGCAUUUGGCCAGAGGUGUCUACGCAGAGUUUGCAAUUGUCAACACCAAUUGCUCAGCCCAGCACGCGAAGGAGCAUGAGGAUGACUGCCAUGUGGCCACAGGCGAUCACCUGCACUAUGGGUUCUGCAAAGCAUCCUUUCACAAGAGCGCUGCCGAGGACGCCGCCGACCAUCACGAAGUGCACUGCACCGUCUAUGACCACCAGCCUGGAGUCCAUCACCACCACUUGAUCCAUGAGCAUGUGGAAGGGAAGCUUCCACAAGCCGGACGGGGCCACGUUCACCUUGACCUGAUCCAUUCCCACAACGACACGAUUGGGUCCCACUCCCACUCGGAUGAGGUCAUGGCUGUCGAGAAACCAGUCCCCUUGGUGAAGAGAUCGAUCCUCGCAGCAUUGCCGGAGUGUCCCGGCCGGUAUCGGCAUUACGAUCUGUAA